AUGGACGCGACAAGUCGGGAGCCCUGUCCCCCACCGCCCUCUUCCGCCCAAAUUCCGACCGGCCAGGCGAUCCCCAGCUGCAGCGAAUUCCUCACGACCUGCGCCGGCCGGCGCGACGCCAUGUGGCGCCUCGUGACCGCCGGGGGCGGCCCCCUCCUGACCUCCCUUAACGACAACGUGGGGCGGCAGCACUGGGAGUUUGACCCUCAGGCGGGCACGCCUGAGCAGCGCGCACAAGUCGAGGAGCUUCGCGAAAAUUUCGCGAACAACAGGCGCGCCAAGCGCCAGUGCUCGGAUGAGCUCCUGCGGCUGCAGGCCGCCGACAGGAUCAAGGCAGCCGGGGCCAAUGUCGUGAAGGACCCGUGCGUCGUGCAGGGCCGGGGGCCCGUCGCUGUGUCGCAGGUCGACCACCAGGUCCUGUGCGGGCUGAAAUACUACGCGGCGCUGCAGCAGCGCGACGGUCACUGGGCGGGGGACUACGGAGGGCCGAAUUUCCUGAUGCCGGGCAUGGUGAUCGCUCUGUACGCGACGGGCGCCCUUGACAGGGUUUUUGGCGCGGAGGCCAGGGCGGAGAUCUUGAGGUACCACAGGAACCAUCAGAACGAGGACGGCGGGUUUGGGCUGCACAUCGAGGGCCACUCGACGAUGUUCGGCACGUCCAUGGGAUACUGUGUGCUACGCAUCAUGGGCGCAGAUCGAGACGAUGAAGCUGUGGCAGCUGCUCGCAAAUGGAUUCAUGAUCGAGGGGGUGCCCAAUACAACACAUCUUGGGCAAAAUUUUGGCUUGCCGUCUUGGGCGCAUAUUCUUGGGACGGACUUAACCCGGUGCCUCCUGAAAUGUGGCUCCUGCCAUAUUCCGCGUGGACAGGAAUUGGACUGCUGCAUCCUGGAAGGAUGUGGUGUCACGUCAGGCAGGUGAUGUUGCCAAUGAGCUACAUAUACGGAGUGCGAGGCACCUGCAAGGAGACCGAUCUCGUGAAGGCAUUGCGGGAGGAGCUUUACCCAGUUCCGUACGAUGGGAUAGACUGGAACGGUGCCAGAAACUUGUGUGGAAAGGAAGACUUGUAUUUUCCGCACCCCUUCAUACAGGACGCAUUGUGGUGGUUUCUAUACAAAUGUGAAAACGUGCUUGCAGGGUCUUCGCUUCGAAAAAAGGCGCUGAAAGAAGCUCUCAAACUCAUACACUAUGAGGAUGAGAGCACGCGGUACAUAGACAUUGGAGGCGUAAGCAAGUCGAUGAACCUUCUAGCCUGUUGGCUGGAAGACCCCAACUCGGAGGCAUUCAAGAAGCACCUUGCCCGUGUCCCUGACUACAUGUGGGUUUCCGAAGAUGGUAUGAAGAUGCAGGGGACCAACGGGUCCCAGGUUUGGGACACGGCUUUCUCUGUACAGGCAAUGAUUGCGACAGGACUUGGCAAGGAAGUUGGAGAUUGCCUGCAACUGGCACACCAGUUCCUAGACAAGUCACAGAUAACGGAAGAUCCAAUGCCGCCACUCCAAGAGCACUACCGCCACAUCUCAAAGGGGGCCUGGUCGUUUUCAACAAGAGAUCAUGGCUGGCCGACUGCAGAUUGCUCCGCCGAGGCGCUGAAGGCAGUUCUUGCGUUACAGACAUGCCCCGAGACAUUUGUCAAGCAACCGUUUCUAGAUGACAGACUCUUCGAUUGCGUCAACAUCAUCCUGUCCUAUCAAAGCUCGACGGGGGGCUGGCCUACGUACGAAAACACAAGGAGUCACAGUUUUGCCGAGAAUUUCAACGCUGCCGAAACUUUCUCGAACAUCAUGAUUGACUACGAUUAUGUGGAGCUGAGCUCUUCGUGCAUGACAGCACUUUGCGAAUUCAGAAAGGCGUACCCGAAGCACAGGUCUGCAGAAAUCGACGGCGCCUUGAAAAGAGGAAAAGAUUUCAUCCAGCGCAUUCAAAGGGAGGACGGUUCCUGGUACGGAUCUUGGGGAGUGUGCUUCACCUACGGCACUUGGUUCGGCUGCGAAGCCCUUGCAGCGUUGGGCGACUCUUACAGCACCAGCGAGUCGGCAAGGACAGCCUGCGACUUCCUGUUGGACAAACAGAAGGAGGACGGUGGCUGGGGAGAGAGCUACAAAUCAUCCCAGGACCGCGUCUAUUCCCAGCUGGAUGGAGACUCCCACGUUGUCAAUACCGCAUGGGCGGUGAUGGCCUUGAUGGCGGUCGGCUACCACGAGGUCCAUCCUCUGCCUUUGCACGCGGCGGCUCGCUUCAUGAUGGAUGCCCAGCAGGUGGACGGAGACUGGCCGCAGCAGCACAUCAGCGGUGUGUUCAACAAGAACUGCAUGAUCAGUUUCUCUCAAUACAGGUAUGGAGAGGCUGCUUGGCGUAUAUGA